UGCGCAUGCGCGGUGCGGGAGGGCCGCCGGAGGUUUGGUUGCAGAGAAGCCUUGUCCUGGUUUCUGUAUGAAUGUUCCAGGUUUAUUUCACUUUGCAUUCUCACUGAGAGCGGUGCAAGCACCACCAUGGGCAGGGUGGGUUCUGAGGAAGCAGCAGCUCUCCCUGCCCAGCCUGCCCUUGCUUCAGGCAGCAAGGAAAAGGAACUCUCUGAAUCUCCUUGAACUGAGUGAGGCAGAAUUAGAAGAACAGUUUGUAAGAGGGGAUGGCCCAGGAGGUCAGGCCACAAACAAGACAAACAACUGUGUUGUCCUGAAGCAUAUUCCAUCUGGGAUUGUGGUGAAGUGUCAUCAGACAAGGUCAGUGGAGAAGAACAGAAAGAUUGCCAGAGAAAUCCUGCAGGAAAAAGUUGACCUUUUCUACAAAGGAGAAGACAGUGAUGUUUUUAAAGAGAAGAAAACAUCAGAAAAGCAAAAGCAGGAGAAAAAAAGAAGAGCAAAGGAAAACCUAGAAAGGAAAAAGCUUUUUAAAGAGAUGCAACAAUUGGAUAAGGAAUAAAUGUGAAAUAUUGCCUUGCCCUGGCAGGCACCCUCACCAGCUGCCACCACCUUUUGGCCUUCAACAAAGCCCCAAAGCCAGAGUGUGGAUUUUGAAGGAACUUCACCUCCUUGUCCCAGAGACAGCUGUGCCCUGUGCCAUGGAUGGAUGCUCCAGCAAUCUGCAGGUCCCUUCCUUGUCCUUUCCUAAACUCCUGCAUGAAGGUUAAAUUUUCAUCUGUUGGCAGCCCUUGCUCCUGGAGUAUGAAUCUGAUUAAAGUGACUGUACAUAGUUUUAAUACAAACUGUUAAUGAAAAUAAGCUUUAUUACGUCAAGUAAUAAAUACAUACAAAGAUGCAAAUA